GUCGAAAAGCAUCACGUAGCCUACGUAGUUUAUAUCUGUCCCGUGCAGUCAUCGAUUGACUGCAACGGCAUCCCCUUAAAAGGGCAACGGUUUCAGGGCGUGGACCCCGCAAACACAAGCACACAGGAUCAUAGUGAAGUGCCAUUUGAUUGACAGCUGUCAGCGUGAUGUCAUCCUCCAAAAGCACUCUUCAAAGUCAGCGGCGCAGGGAGCUGGAUGCCCGCAGGAGUAAGUCGCGCAUACGGCUGGGCUCGUGCCUGCAGAACUGGGUUCAGCUCAAGGAGGAACUGGGUUUCUCUCUUCACUCAGAGCUCGCCCAGCAUCUGCUGGAGAGCUACCUCUCAAGAAUUUGUAUGAAGUGCUCAGGUAACAAGAAAACAGAUGUUACAAGACGUUUGUUGACUACAGUGGAGUCUUUGCAGGAACUUAUUUUGUUGGUCCACAACCAUGGACAGAAAUGCCCCCUUCCACCUGUCUUGCAGCCCAGUAGUGGCCAUGAAACAGAAAGAAGAGUUGUUGAAUCUGAAUCCAAGAACUCUAAUCAUUCGUCUGAGGUGGACAUAUGUCUCAAAUACACUUGUGAUAAUAGCCAUCAUUUUUUGUGGUUUCCUGCUGAAAAACAGUCAGAGAAGAAGGAAAUCAAAUCUAAAAAAGAGGGAGAUAGCAAUAGUGGAGAUGUGACCCCCGCUAGUCCAAAGAGACUCCGACCGCGAGGUAGAAAGCAGUUAAUGGAGCCAGUCAUAGUGAGGCAGAAGAUGGUGACUCAAGUUACAACCAGUCAACGACAAGGCGUUACCCUAAAUGAACUAGAGGAAAAAUUGGAGAAAAUUAAAGCAGGGUCUGAGAUUUGUAGAGAUGACAAGAAUGCAGGUGUUACAGUGACUGAGACUGCACAGGAUGCUGUCCCACAGGAAGGAAGUGAUGUAACAGAUGUCUUUCUGUUUCCAGAACCUAAUGAUGAUGAUGAUGAUGCUGCAGUGCUGAAUUUAACCAAAAGAGGGACCCAGAGGAGAGCAGAUGCCACGAAUGACAUCAAAAUAAAGGCAGGAGCUCUUAAAAACAACAGCCUCCAGUCUUUUAAAGAUGACAUGUCUCAGAUCAGUGGCAGGAAGAAAAGGAAAAUAACACAGAAAGUCAUUUUGCCGUGUGAGUUUGAGGGCUGCGAUAAGAUUUUCUCCAGUCGGCAAUAUCUAAAUCAUCACGUCAAGUACCAGCACCUCCAGCAGAAGACGUUCUCCUGCUCGCACCCCACCUGCAACAAGUCAUUUAACUUUAAAAAGCACCUAAAAGAACAUGAGAAGCUUCACAGCAAUCAGAGAGACUAUAUAUGUGAGUUCUGUGCCCGGGCGUUUCGAACCAGCAGUAACCUGAUCAUUCAUCGGAGGAUACACACUGGAGAGAAACCACUGCAGUGUGAGGUGUGUGGAUUUACCUGUCGACAGAAAGCCUCUUUAAACUGGCACAUGCGGAAGCAUAAUGCUGAGAGCACUUAUCAGUUCCCCUGUGAGAUCUGCGGUCGUCGCUUUGAAAAAAGAGACAAUGUGACAGCUCACCGCAGCAAGAGCCACCCGGACCAUAAUACACCCAACUUAGAAACCUGCUUGUCUAGAUCUUCAUCAGAUGCCGUUGCCAUAGAUCAAAGUACACUAGUAUAACAUUUGUGCUGUUUUUGACACAAAUGUCCUACAACUGAGAAAUUGUAAAUGCUUAAAGCCCCAUGAGACUGACUCUCUUUAUGGGUUUUUUAACCUGUGAUGUGUUGAUGUCCGACAGAGGCUGGACUUCUCUAAAAAUGACCUGAAUUUAAUGUUUGGGAAACCUAAACGUGAAUACACUGUAAAUCUUUAUUUGUACAUUUUGUGAAUAAACGUAAUAUUUAGA